AAUGACUAUUCAUAAAAACGGAGUUUUCUGGGGAACGGAGUAUAAGGCAAAGCCGAGCAAUUUAUUUUCAGUAGAGGACAAACUUUGAGAUUGAUACAACAUGAGUACAGCUACCUUACUUGUAAUUUUAGCGGUAGCUUCGACUGCGGUCGGAUCACCAGACGCUAUGAAUUCUUGUAGUUCCCUGGAGCAAUACAAUGCUUGUGGCGUAUCUCCAGGUUGCGUGCAAACCUGUGACAAUCUAUCCGUAGGUCUCGUCUGUGCAGCGGUUUGUGUUCCCGGAUGUUUCUGCGUAGAAAAUCAUGUGAGGGAACACGCGAACGGACCUUGCAUUCCGAUAACCGACUGUCCUUCGUACCCGAGAACUAAUGGUUAAUAAAUAGAGUCGUUUGAAAUCUUCUGCUUAUGGAAGUAUGGUAGUUGAAGGGCUGUGAUGCUGAUUAGUUUUUUCUGUCUAAAAAAAUAUCAACACAUUAUGUAACGAUUAUUUAUAAUAAAUUGCCGCAUUACCAACGUCAA